AUGACCAAUAAUCGUCAGAGGCAACAACUCAACUAUGCUUCCGAAUAUGAGGUGGUCAGCGUUGUCGCGUUGGGCGAUGAGACCCGUCGCAUUUACCGGAAGAAAGUGGUGAACGGACGAUGGCGAAACUCGUAUACGGAAAGAGUUGAGAUGCUCAAAGUGGCUUGGAGACCAACUUGGUACGAGGUAUCGUUGCUUGACAAAAAACAGAAAGCAAUGAUUAAAGAAGCAAAUGUGGAAGUGCUCGGACCAGUGGAGGAAAGCACAGAUUUGUUCGCUGAGGAUUCAAUGUGGUUGAUAAGGAAAUGUGACAAUCGGUUAUGGCAAGUAAACUAUGGGCAUUUGAAGAGACAUUUUGAACACGAGCUUCUCGAUUAUUUUGCGAAGCAAGUGACUUUCGAAGUCGAUGAUGUGCCCCAAGUUGAGCUUGCUGAAGAAGCUGCUGGAGAAAAUCAAGAGUUGAAUCCUCCAAUUUUGAGCCCAUCAAUCACUCCACCUCAAGAGAAAUCUACCACUCAAGAUGAGCUUUCUCCAUCUAAAGAGUUUAACUCUCCAACUUUAUCAACAUCAUCAGAAAACGAUGAGAAUCAUCCACUUGAUGCGGCAAUGGAAAUCGAUAUCAAAGAAUUGAGGCGGGUAAAGAAACAAGCAAAGGGUAAACUGAACAGUAAUUCAACAACUCCUUGUCCAUCGCCGAUCGAUCGUCCACGACGCUCCAUUCAGACACCCAUUCGAUUCCUUGAUAAC